AUGUCAGCAAUGAUAAUGGAAAAUGUGGAGUGUGUUACUGCAUCAGACGUGAUUGAAAAUGGCGAAAUGCAAUCAUCAGUCGGCUCACAUAAUCUUCGUGCUAGCUCUCAUCAAUGUUCUUUGAAGCCUCAUGGUGUAGUUACAGGAAUUGGCCCGACAAGCGUCCAUGAAUUACUCGAAUGCCCUGUUUGCACUAAUUCUAUGUACCCACCGAUUCAUCAGUGUCAUAAUGGGCAUACACUCUGUUCCACAUGCAAGACGAGGGUACACAACCGGUGCCCUACUUGCAGACAAGAACUCGGGGACAUAAGGUGUUUGGCUCUAGAAAAAGUUGCCGAGUCACUCGAGCUGCCGUGCAAGUACUACUCCUUGGGAUGCUCGGAGAUUUUCCCAUACUACAGCAAACUCAAGCACGAGGCCCUUUGCAAUUUCAGACCGUACAACUGUCCUUAUGCCGGCUCCGAGUGUUCUGCGGCCGGUGAUAUUCCUUAUCUGGUUGGACAUCUGAGGGACGACCAUAAAGUGGACAUGCACUCUGGCUGCACGUUUAAUCACCGUUAUGUGAAGUCGAACCCUCGUGAAGUGGAAAAUGCAACAUGGAUGUUAACUGUAUUCCAUUGUUUCGGAGAAUAUUUCUGCCUCCACUUUGAGGCGUUCCAGAUAGGGAUGGCUCCCGUGUACAUGGCGUUCCUCCGUUUUAUGGGAGACGAGACGGAGGCGCGCAAGUACAGCUACAGCCUUGAGGUUGGGGGCAACGGGCGGAAGCUGAUAUGGGAGGGGACCCCACGCAGCAUUCGGGAUAGCCACCGUAAGGUGAGGGAUAGUCACGACGGCCUCAUUGUACAACGGAAUAUGGCUCUGUUUUUCUCCGGUGGGGACCGAAAGGAGCUCAAGCUCAGGGUUACCGGCAGGAUUUGGAAGGAGCAGCACAAUCCCACCCAAUCGUUGUAG